AUGGAAUCACCACAUUACGCUCAGUUUGUAACUCAAAUUAACCAGAGGAUACCUUUAAUCAUGACUACUCCUCUUCCUGUUUUGAAAGGUUUAUCUGAUCUAUAUCCUUUACUAAUAAUUAUUGAUAAUAUUUUGAGUACAUUACUAUGGACCACAGAUGAUUCCCCAUUGAUUUUCGUAAAUAUGAUGAUGGUAUGUCUCAGCAUACGGUAUCUCUUCAUACCGAAUAAUUUAAUUAUUACUGAGACCUGUGUUCAACACAUGCUACUAGAUUAUCUUGGUUUGUUAUGUACAAGUUUUCUUAUGUGUUCCACUGGUUAUUACUUACACACAGUCAUUAUGGAAACCAGAAAUUCAGAACCACCAACAGUUGAUGAUAUUGUUAUUCUACUAGAAAACGUGGAACACAAGUUACAUGUCAUUAAGAAAGAAGCUUUAAAUUUAUUUGUAAUUAAUAACUACAGGGUGCUUUUCCAAUGGUUAACUUUGGCAACUUUUAUUCAAGUAUUAAUUUUCAAAUUUCAUUUGUUACCAUAUAUCAAUGAUACCAAGUCCUAUUUAAUAGUAGCAUUUAUUACAGUAUCAAUAUUCCAUACACGAACUAUUCAAGGAUUACUACAAAUAUUAUGGAGACUCCAAUACUUACGAAUUGUAUACUUCUGGUGGAGAGGACCCCAUGAUAAGUUCUAUAGUAUAAAAAAUUUGGCUCCAUUAGCUUAUUUUAAUAUGAUCAUAUCAAAUCAAUCAUAUAUCACUGUUAAAUUAACUAUUCAAAAUACGGAGGAACUAAUUAAAAUAGAAACAUUAAGAAACAGAUUGAUAGAAUUGUAUGAACAAGAAGAAAAUAUACCACAAAUGACUGAAAUAUCUACGCCUUCCUUAACAUUUAAUAUUAUGAAAAUAUGUGUUAAAGAAAAUCAAAGAAAAUGGCAGAAUGGUGCAUGGACAGAAAAAACGUUAUCCUACGAGAGAAGUAAUUUCACAAUCGUUUCUCCGUUUGGAACUGUAUUCAAUUCAGAUAAUCCUUUGAACUACGAGACAAAUGUUCCACCAAACUGGAUAAAAUUAGAUGAGAUGUGGAAUAAAUCCCCUUGGACCUAUGGUGAUGGUAAUUGGCAAGUCAUUGGAUCAAAGGAUUCCACGGAAUGUUUUACAAGAACAAGAUCAUGGAGUUUUAGGAUCUUUCAGAGAAAACCCAAGUAA